AUAUUACAACUUCGUUAAUUCACAUACGCAGCUUGUCCUCUCCUCUUAUCACGCCAUGGCCAUGCUUAGAGCUUUCAGCACAAGAAGCCGUCGAGGCUAUGAAAGGUUACUUGAAGUCGAAGUUGACAAGCCUGUUUCGAGCAUUGGUCAGUGGAAAACACAGUUGAAGAGGGCUAGAAGUGUACCAGCUCGAGUUUUUGGAUUAUCAAGAUCAAAGUUUAGCCCGGAAUUGGCCUUGCUAGAAAGGUCUCAAGUGAAAAAACCUUCGACGUCCUCCUCAAACAAAAAGGUUACCAAGAGUACUACUCACCCACUUUUCAGUAUCUUUGAUGCUCGUCGGAAGAAGAAAACAACAGCUAAACCAGAAUUUGCCAGGUAUUUAGAAUACCUGAGAGAAGGUGGGAUGUGGGACAAGAAUGCAAAUACGCCUGUCAUGUACUACAAAUGAACAGGUGUUUUGGUUCUUGUUUUAUUUGAAAAAAAAAGGGUUCGAAUCGAACCCAGAAUUUGUACACAUAUCAUUUAGCUCGAUUGCUUUUCUGCACUUACUUUUCUUUCCCAUUUAGAUUGAUCUGUAAGACUAUGACAUUGUUUAAAACUUUGCAAAGAGAUAUAUUGGUUCUAUGAUUUGUCAUUAGUUGAUUUAAUCAGUAGUUCCUUUAAUUUCCUAAAGGCUUCAUUAUGAGAACGGGGCUACUUUCCAUUGA